AUGGUCAAGAUCUCUUCCUUCAUUCUUUUCGCCGCCACUGUUACUGCCUCCUUGGUUGGUGCAGCUCCUGUGGUCGCCCCCACUGCCGACAAUUCCACGGUCGCCAUCCCUUCGUCGCCAGCCAACGAGACCGUCCCUGUUGAGCUUAUUGGCAAUAUCGACGAGGACCCUCUUGUGACUCUCAAUUCCAACGAUCCCUACUCGACCUCUAUCACACACCGAGGCAAAGCCACCUGGUUCACUGACAGCUAUGGCGCAUGCAGCUACAAAUGGAACGGAUACAAGGAGCCCAUCGUGGCACUGAACUCCCAUCAGAUGGGCAUUCAGUCCUGGGGAAACCCCGUCUGCAACCGGCGCGUCCGCAUCGUCAACGCCGACCACCCCGAGCGCUCUGUCGUCGCCCGUGUUGUUGACAAGUGCCCUGGCGACCAGUGUGCCUGGGGCUCCCUUGACCUCUCCCCCUAUGCCUUCAAGAAGCUUGACCACCUCGCCAUCGGUAUCCUUAACAUCACCUGGAACUAUGUCUAA